UGAUGUCUUCUCAGAGGCGACGGCGGCGGCGGAGGCAGCGCCGGGUCGCGGGCUGAGGUAUCCGCGAGGCCUCUGGCUCAGGUCGCUUUCACCCGCUGGCCAGUAGAAUUGGGUCCUUUAUUGCCUUUGCGUCUGUUUUCUCCUUCUCUGCGAGGAUCAGACCUUCCGCUGGGCUGCGAGUCGAGCCCUCGCCCGCGGAGCAGAUUUCCAUGAGGACAACUGAUAAGAACCUGAAUGGCCUUGUUUUAGCUGCUUCAGUGUGUGGAGCUAUUCCUUGCUCCCUUGUAUCUUGUGUUUGGGGUGACACUGGCUACUGAGCACCAUGAAGGUUGUCCCAGAGAAGAAUGCUGUCCGGAUACUCUGGGGCCGGGAACGGGGCACUCGGGCCAUGGGAGCCCAGAGGCUCCUGCAGGAGCUGGUGGAGGAUAAAACCCGCUGGAUGAAAUGGGAGGGCAAGAGAGUAGAACUGCCUGAUAGUCCACGCUCUACCUUCUUACUGGCCUUCAGCCCAGACAGGACUCUCUUGGCCUCCACCCAUGUAAACCAUAAUAUCUACAUUACGGAGGUGAAGACAGGCAAGUGUGUACAUUCUCUGAUUGGACACCGCCGAACUCCCUGGUGUGUCACUUUCCACCCCACCAUCUCAGGCCUUAUAGCUUCUGGCUGCCUAGAUGGGGAGGUUAGGAUUUGGGAUUUACAUGGUGGCAGUGAAAGCUGGUUUACAGAUAGCAACAAUGCCAUUGCUUCCCUGGCUUUCCAUCCUACGGCACAGCUUUUGUUGAUUGCUACUGCCAAUGAAAUCCACUUCUGGGACUGGAGCCGACGGGAGCCCUUUGCUGUGGUCAAGACUGCAAGUGAGAUGGAGCGGGUCCGUCUGGUGAGAUUUGAUCCGCUUGGACACUACUUACUCACAGCAAUUGUUAACCCCUCUAAUCAGCAGGGCGAUGAUGAACCAGAAAUUCCCAUAGAUGGAACAGAAUUAUCCCACUACCGUCAGCGUGCCCUUCUGCAAUCACAGCCAGUUCGCCGGACGCCUCUUCUCCACAAUUUCCUGCACAUGCUGUCCUCCCGCUCCUCUGGCAUCCAGGUGGGAGAGCAAAGCACAGUGCAAGAUUCUGCCACCCCCUCACCCCCACCGCCUCCCCCUCAGCCCUCCACGGAGCGCCCCAGGACUUCCGCUUACAUCAGGCUCCGACAGCGGGUCAGUUACCCCACCACAGUUGAGUGCUGCCAGCACCCUGGGAUCCUGUGCCUUUGCAGCCGCUGCUCUGGCACUCGAGUUCCUUCCCUCUUGCCACACCAGGACAGUGUCCCCCCAGCUUCUGCCAGAGCUACUACCCCUUCCUUUUCUUUUGUACAGACCGAGCCCUUCCAUCCCCCGGAGCAGGCCUCAUCAACGCAGCAGGACCAGGGCCUUCUGAACCGGCCGUCUGCCUUCAGUACAGUCCAGAGCAGCACUGCCGGCAACACGCUCCGCAACCUCAGUCUGGGGCCUACGCGUCGCUCUUUGGGGGGCCCUCUGUCCAGCCAUCCAUCUAGGUAUCACCGAGAAAUAGCUCCUGGGCUGACAGGAUCAGAGUGGACCCGGACAGUCCUCAGUCUGAACUCACGCUCUGAGGCAGAGUCCAUGCCCCCACCCAGGACCAGUGCCUCCUCUGUGAGCUUGCUGUCUGUGCUGAGACAGCAAGAAGGUGGCUCUCAGGCAUCUGUGUACACAUCAGCCACAGAAGGGAGGGGCUUUCCAGCCUCGGGGUUGGCGGGUGAGUCCGAUGGAGGGAAUGGUUCCAGCCAGAACAACUCAGGCAGCAUUCGCCACGAGCUUCAGUGUGACCUGCGACACUUCUUUCUGGAAUAUGACCGGCUGCAGGAGCUGGACCAGAGCCUAAGUGGGGAAGCUUCUCAGACUCAGCAGGCCCAGGAAAUGCUCAACAAUAAUAUUGAAUCUGAGAGGCCAGGCCCUUCCCACCAGCCCACCCCGCACAGCAGUGAAAACAACUCCAACUUGUCCCGUGGCCACCUGAACCGCUGCCGCGCUUGCCACAAUCUCCUGACCUUCAACAAUGAUACCCUGCGCUGGGAAAGAACCACACCCAACUACCCAUCUGGGGAGGCUAGCUCCUCCUGGCAGGUCCCUAGCACUUUUGAGGGCAUGUCAUCCAGUGGCAACCAGUUGCCAUCUCUUGAACGCACUGAGGGCCAGACACCUAGCUCCAGCAGGCUGGAGUUGAGUAGCUCUGCUAGUCCACAGGAGGAGAGGACUGUGGGGGUGGCCUUUAACCAGGAGACAGGCCACUGGGAACGAAUUUACACCCAGUCCAGCAGACCUGGAACUGUACCACAGGAGGCCUUACAUCAGGAUAUGCCAGAGGAGAGCUCUGAGGAGGAUUCCCUUAGGAGGAGGCUGCUGGAGUCUUCCCUCAUUUCAUUAUCCCGUUAUGAUGGAGCAGGAUCCAGAGAGCACCCAAUUUACCCAGACCCAGCGAGAUUAUCUCCUGCUGCAUACUACGCCCAGAGGAUGAUCCAGUAUCUCUCACGGAGAGACAGUAUUCGCCAGCGUUCCAUGCGCUACCAACAGAACCGUCUCCGCUCUUCCACCUCCUCCUCUUCCUCAGACAACCAGGGUCCAUCAGUAGAGGGAGCCGAACUGGAAUUUGAGGACUUUGAGGAUAAUGGUGAUAGAUCCAGGCACCGAGCUCCCCGUAAUGCCCGGAUGUCUGCACCUUCACUUGGACGCUUCGUUCCAAGGCGCUUUUUGCUGCCUGAGUACUUGCCUUAUGCUGGGAUUUUUCAUGAACGUGGACAGCCUGGGUUGGCUACGCACUCUUCUGUUAACAGGGUCCUGGCAGGGGCCGUGAUUGGUGAUGGACAGUCUGCCGUGGCCAGUAAUAUUGCCAAUACAACCUACCGGCUCCAGUGGUGGGACUUCACUAAGUUUGACCUUCCGGAAAUCAGUAACGCUUCUGUGAAUGUGCUGGUACAGAACUGCAAGAUCUACAAUGAUGCCAGCUGUGACAUCUCUGCAGAUGGCCAACUCCUGGCGGCCUUCAUCCCCAGCAGCCAGAGGGGCUUUCCUGAUGAAGGCAUCCUGGCCGUGUACUCCCUCGCCCCCCAUAACCUGGGUGAAAUGCUCUACACCAAGCGAUUUGGUCCCAAUGCCAUUUCGGUGAGCCUGUCUCCCAUGGGCCGAUAUGUGAUGGUGGGUUUGGCCUCACGCAGGAUCCUGCUGCACCCCUCCACAGAGCACAUGGUGGCCCAGGUCUUCAGGCUGCAACAGGCCCACGGUGGCGAGACCUCCAUGAGGAGAGUAUUCAAUGUCCUUUACCCCAUGCCUGCUGACCAGCGGAGACAUGUCAGCAUCAACUCUGCCCGCUGGCUGCCAGAGCCGGGGCUUGGCCUGGCCUAUGGCACCAACAAAGGAGACCUGGUGAUCUGCAGACCAGAGGCCUUGAACUCUGGUGUUGAGUACUACUGGGACCAGCUGAACGAGACAGUCUUCACUGUGCAUUCCAACAACAGGAGCAGCGAGCGGCCUGGAACCAGCAGAGCUACGUGGAGGACAGACAGAGACAUGGGCCUGAUGAAUGCCAUUGGGCUGCAGCCCAGAAACCCCACCACCUCCGUGACCUCUCAAGGCACCCAGACAUUGGCCCUACAGCUGCAGAAUGCCGAGACACAGACAGAGAGGGAAGAGCAAGAGCAGGGGACAGCACCCACGGGUCCUGGUGAAGGCGAGGGCUCAGAGUACAGCGCCAGCGGCGAGGACGCCCUCAGCAGGAUCCAGAGGCUGAUGGCGGAGGGGGGCAUGACCGCUGUUGUGCAGCGGGAGCAGAGCACCACCAUGGCCUCCAUGGGUGGCUUUGGCAACAACAUCAUUGUCAGCCACCGCAUCCACCGCAGCUCCCAGACGGGCACAGAGUCAGGGGCUGCCCGCACCUCCUCGCCUCAGCCCUCCACCUCCCGGGGACUGUUUCCAGAACCCUCCCAACUGGCAGAGCACGGCCUCAGCCCCCGGACAGCCUCCUGGGACCAGCCCGGCACAUCUAGGCAGGAGCUGCCAGCCCUUCCCCCUGGCUCCCCUGUUCCCCUUCCCAGUACUGAGGGACCAGUCCUGCGCUGCAACCUGACCUCUAACAGCCACCUUGCCGAUGGUGGCAGUGGGGGCGGCAGCAGCUGUGAUGGGGAGGGUGCUGGCCCCAGUGGGGAGCCCCGGAACAGGUAGAGAUAGGUGUGCACCCUUCCGCCCCUUGGCCCCUGUGCUGCCACCAGGAGCCAGACCUCACAGCUAACUUGGAAGAGCCACAGAGCCAGGGCCAUAUCAGGGCACAGCAGGAGCAAGAGGGCAGCAGCAGAGGACAGAAGGCACUGCCUGGCGAGACUCGCAGAGCUGGGUCCAAAAGAGCCAUGCUGUGGGCCACUGGGAGUGGAGGAGCGAGUGGGUGUCUCUGCUGUGAACCCGCUCUCUCCUAGGAUUGUGAGCUCUUGGGACUCGGGCCUGAACAAGAGCCCCAGCAGAGAAUCGUCUUCCAGAUCCAGGCCACACCGCCCUGGACAGAAGCCAGUGGGCAGCUUUGUCCUGUCUACCUGUCAGGUGGGCAAAGCUGCCUAGAGCUCCAGCACCCAGGAGGCCUGGCCCGAGUCCACCUCCAUCCCUAGCCGCGCUCCACCAUCUCAGCCCCAGGGACACUUAGUGCCAGGGACACUAGGGUGGCAGGGAGCCCUCAGGAGUGGGGGUGUAGGCUGGCCCAUCCCCGGGCCUGUCCACCCAGCUCCUUCCGCACACCCUGCAGGCAGCACAAGCAGCUGUCAGUGGUCCCAGGCCUGGGCCAAGCAGCCCACGCUGCGGCAGGGGCUCAAGCCCAGGUCAGAAUGUGAGGUCUUGGUCUGUGAUUUAAGGUGUUGCAUGUGGAAUCUUGAACUGUAUGUGUAGUUUCUAGUGGAGAAUCAAGGCUAUGAUCUUUUUGUUUUCAGUAUGAAAUUGUGAUUUUCUUUCUGUUUGUCACUCAUCCUAGACACAUUGUGGUGGGAGGAGAGGGGAUGGUCUACUGCUAAUGAGGGAAACACCAAAGAUUAUGUCAUUAAAACAAUGCCAUGCCCCUCA